AUGUCUUCCUUUACUUUUUCUGAGGUCAUCAACCCUAAUGUCGACAAGCUCCAGUUUAUCCCAUCUGGUCGACGCUAUCCCAAGGACCGUUCUGAGCUAAUCCAGCGAAAGGAAGAAUGGCUGCGCAAUUGGAACAAGCUAGUGGAACUUAGUGAUAAUGCCAUGAACUGCAAGACCUACAACAUGAAUCUCCCACUCUUGUCGGAUGAGGUUGCCCUGGGUCGCAAGGCAGAAGAGGCCCACAAGCUCUAUUCCGCCCAGGUUCAUGCAUAUAAGGUAGAGGUCCAGCGCCUUGUCAACAAGCAGGCGGAAAGGGAGAAGAGCAAGGAGCGGGAGAUGGAGCAAGAAAAGGGCAAGGGGAAGUCGGGAGAGACAGAUGCAGCCAUGGAUGAGGCAGAUGGUGAUGCUGAUGCGGAAGGAGAGUCAGAUGAAGAAGAGGCGGAUGAGGAAGGCUUUGAAGACUCCUCGCGCUGUCACACCUGUGGUGCACCCAAACCCUUGUGCCUGGAUGCCCACAAGAAAUGUGAGUAUUCAACCCACCGGCAUGGAGUUGCAAAGGAGAGAGCUGCUGCUCGUGCUGUCGUGGCCAAGGCUGCUGUCAAGGCACCUUCCGCUCCCGCUGUGGGUUCCUCUGCAGGGUGGGGUGUCAUUAUCCGUUGCCCCAGGGAGACCCCUGAAGAUGCGACUUCUGCUGAGUCAGAAGAGGAGGAGGAGGAAGAAGAGGAAGAGGAGGAGUCGGUAGGAGAGUCGCGAAAGCGGAAGUCAUCUGAGAGUCAGGAAGUAGAAUUUGACCUCCUGGCGGAUGCUGAUGCUGACGAUGAAGACCUCUAUCUGGAAGGCAAGGUGCGGGCGCUAUAUGCCAAGAUGCUGACCAUGCAGGGAAUGCUUAUGGAGAUGAUGACGGAGGUGGAUUCCUUGGUGGUGCACUGCAAGAAGAGGAGGAGGCUUUGCUAG